UUCCUGUAGUUUCUAUGAACGAUGACGGAAAGCUCAUCGUUGUUUCCGAGGAAAAUGGAGAAAAAGAUAUAGUUAAUAAAGAGAAAAGAAAGCUCAGUUUAAACAGGAUUCCAUUUUCCUUGACAUGUGUACUUCACAAGAAUUACAUAUUGGCUGACCCUACUGCAGAGGAAGAGACUAUUUUUGAAACCCUUGUUACCGUGGUUUUGGAUACGUUUGAUCAACUUGUGUAUCUUUACAAGCCAGGUGGACUGGUUCUUGCCUUCACAUCAUCUGUUCAGGAUUGUAUUGCAUUGACCAGGCAAAGAUUGAAGGAACUUCAGAAGAUCUUAGAUGAAUCAGUUUCUGGAAUGGAGGUUGACUAGGUUCACCAGUUCAUCGUCCAAGUGGA